AUGACGCACCAAUCACCCACCACGCACGACCCAGAUCCGCCGCCGGGUGUGACAUGCGCAACGAGGUCACCGGCGCCAUUACCGGAAGCGCGACCGAUGACGGCAACCACAUCAACGGCGGCGGUACAGCCCGAAAUGUACGAAAAUACUGCCGCCGCCUUGGCACACGGCUCGACCGACGGGUCUGCACCCCCCAGCGCCGAGCCGUCCACCGUUACGUCCACCUCUCAUGCGCCUAUGCUUUCCCUUCCCCAAUUUAGCUUCGUCGAGCUCCUCGACGUCGACCCGCGCCCGACCUUUGUGGUGUCUUUGGAGCCAAAUAGACCCGCUGUUGUAUACGUCAACCCGGCGCUGGCCGGCUUACCAACACUGCGCGAUAUCGUCUCGGCACCGCGCGCCAACCAUGCCGCCAUAUGGGGCGGCCUUUCGACGUCCACCGUCUCCGCCCUGCCACCUGUCGCACACCUGGACCAUUUUUGGACACGGGCCGUACUCGGCACCGGGCCCGCCCGCUAUGUCGUGAUUAGCGCCAACCAGCUGGGAACACCAACCGAGGAAAGAGCGAUUGCCGCUCCUGCAUCACCGCCAGCGCCGGCCGCGCCUACCGUUUCUACCGCAACCGCACUUGCCUUGCCAGUCGCGCCGGUCGCGCCUGCCAUAACACGCACCGACAUCAACACAACAAACCCCGUGACCGUCUCCACACAGCCGCCGCCCCCAACACGGCCAUUGUUCACCCGCUCCAGAUCUACGCCAGCAUCAACGCCCACGACAACGCCGACGAUCACAACCGACAAGCAGACAUUGCAGCCGCCACCUGAACCGCCGACGCCGCCUGCGUCGGCUGUCUUCUCGCCUCCAGAAGAGGAGUCGGGUUUGGGUCCCGCCGUGGGCAAGCCCAAGGCCGGCUUCGACAGUGAUGUGCCCGAGCAGAGCCUUGCCGCGUCUGGUAACAAAUUUGCGGAGAACUCGCCGUCUGCCUCUCCGUCCGAGUACAUUCUCAAGUUCGGGGCAAUUACGGACUUUAUGCCUGUUGGCAUGUCCGUCUUUGACGCUGCUGGCAACGUUUCGUUCGCCAACCGUGCCUGGUACAAUAUUAUGGGCUGUACGCCGCCGCCCUCGGCACCAAAUACUGCGAAUUCUGAGGGAAUGGUCAUGAACCGGGCUCAGUUCUUGGCCUGUGUCGUUGAGGACGACCAGGACGCCGUGCGGUGUUUCUUUGCACAGGCGGCGAGCGGUCCGAACCGGACUUUGGGUUUCCGGGUGAAGAAGCGCGACCAGCAAGCUACUGCAGCCACCACGACAACGACAACAACACCAGCAACAGCCACUCCCUUCCCGCUACCGCCUCUGGCAUCAUCAGCGCCUACCGACGGUUUGCCACCGACAGCAGAAAAGGACGACUUGGUCAUCAAGACGCCGCAUAAGCCGGCCUCUUUUCUCAGCGUGGCGAGCACCAAGCCGUCAACGCCGGCUCGGGUAACAACGCCGACCACCGCAACGGCAGCCACAACAUCAAACACAGCUAAUGCCACAGCCACCGCCGCUGUGCUGCGCGACGCGCGAGAUCCGCCCAUCCGGCGCAACAGCCUAGCACCGUCGUCGAUACACGAAAAAGAGCAGCACCGCAGCAGCCGCGUCUUGGCGACGGCCCACUCCGAAACCGACAGCAAAGGCCGGCUCGUGCGCACCCUCGUCUGCUUACGCGACAUCACCGAGCACCAGACUAUUGCCGAGGCGGCCGACCGCCACGCCCAGCAGGCCAACAACCUCCGCCGCAUGGCCGAGUUUGCCACUGUGGGCAUGUACGACAUGGACAUUACCGGCCGCCUGCGCGGCGCCAACCGUGUGUUUUACGACAUGUGUGGGUUGGAGCGGCGUGCUGGUGAUGAGGACAGCGGGAUCGACGACGAGCAGGACGACGAAGUCACCCAUCCUUGGCUCAAGUGCGUCGUCCCCGAGGACCAGCCGUUGGUCCAGCGCUGUCUCGACCGCCUUGUGAGUGCGGCGGGCCACAGCAGCAGCUUAAGCAGUGGCAGUGGCAGUGGCAGCGGAAGCGGAAGCGGUGUCUGGGACAUUCCCGAGGGUUCUUCGCCCGCCCACACCACCAGCCACUUUGCCAACCGUGGCGACGCAGAGACCGACCACCAGACCGUCGAGGUGCGUUUCAAGAAGCCCUGGACCGCCGACGACAGCGCGGGGGGCCGCAUCGUUGCGCCACGCUGGGUCGAGGCCUCGUUCCUGCCUGUCAGGGACUCAGACGGCAAGGUCCAGUCUGUUACUGGCUGUCUCAGCGACAUUUCUCUGCGGCGCUGGCAGCUGGAACGCGAGCGCCAGGUCAAGGAGGAAGCCAUAGAGUCCAAACGCCAGCAAGAGAACUUUGUCGACAUCACGUCGCAUGAGAUCCGCAACCCACUGACGGUCAUCAUGCACUGCGGCGACGCCGUUCUCGAGUGUUUGACGAGACUGCGUGACGAUGUGCGCGCCUUCGCCGGCCCUGUGUCCGACCCGCGCCAGCGUGCCCUGGGCAUGCUCGAGGACGGCAUUGACUAUGCGGAAAUCAUUGUCGGCUCUGCUCUGCACCAAAAAGCCAUUGUCGAUGACAUCCUGACCAUGUCCAAGCUGGACUCGGACCUGCUCGCCGUGACGCCCGUCACCGUCGACCCCAUUGAGAUUGUGCGCUCCACGCUCAAGAUGUUCGAGGUCCAAGCCCGGCAGCAGAACAUUCAGCUGCGCAUGUCUGUGGAUGAUUCAUACUACCGCGAACUGCCGGCCUCGUCUCUGUUCCCGACCACGAGCCCCCCUUUGUCUUCUUCUCGUGUGGUGGGCUCACCGCCGAUUGGGUCGACCCCCGCCGCCACCCCAUUCCUUGUGCUCGACCCGUCUCGCGUCAAGCAGAUCCUCAUCAACCUCCUCACCAACGCGCUCAAGUUCACCCAGAUUGUCGACAUCCGUGAGGUCACUACAACAAUUGGCGUGUCACGCACCCGGCCCACGGAUGACCUGUGCCACGUCGCCUUUGUGCCCCCGCAGGCCGAUAACAAGCUGGCGCCUGCGUACAACUACCCUGGCGGUGGCGCCAAUGUUGGGACUCAGUACGCUGCCGCCCCCAGCACCCCGGCCUCGCCAACGUCUCCGACGUCUGUAUCGUCCGCCCCCGCUGCUGCCCACUCUCAAUCGCCCAUGGGGGAGUCUGUCUUCCUCAUCUUUGAGGUCAAAGACACUGGCGAGGGCCUCACCAAGGAGGGCAUGGAGUCGCUCUUCCAAAAGUUUGUCCAAGCCGAGUCCAACACACACAUCAAGCACGGCGGGUCUGGCCUGGGCCUGUUUAUCAGCAAGCGACUCGCUGAAAUUCAGAACGGCGCCAUUGGCGUCGCGUCGACGCCCGGGGUGGGCUCAACCUUUGCCUUUUACAUUGAGGCCUACAUCCCACCGCCCACCGCCGUCCCCGAGAUUCUGUCGCCGGGCGAAGCCGCCAAGAUUGCUCUGGCCGCGGGUCUUGGCAGCGUCACUGGUAACCUGACAGCAACGGCUCCGACCCCGACUGCGACGCCGGCCCCAAAUGAAGAUCCCUGCACGUCCUCGGUGUCUGAAUCACCCCGCCCUACAUCGGGUGGGUCCAAUAACGACCUUCCGCUGCUGGAUAGGAACAGCAUCGACGGCACGGCCAACGCUGUGGACAUUACCAAGUCGCAGAAGCCAUUCGUCACUGCCGCCGCAGCAGCACCAUCGACAACGAACCCCCCCGCCGCGCUACCCACGAAAGGAGGAAGCAUCGAGGCCGUCGGUCAGCUGGCCUCCGUGCCCACCAGACCACCCGAGAUCCGCGGCGUCCUGCUCGUCGAAGACAACAUAGUCAACCAGAAAGUCACCCGGCGCUACUUUGAAAAGAGCGGCUUCCAUGUGCAGGUCGCGGCCAACGGCCUUGAGGCCAUGGACAUUAUCAAGGUCUCGGACCGCCGCGUGCCCGGCUCCUAUCCGAUCUCGGUUGUGCUCAUGGACAUGGAGAUGCCCGUGCAGGAUGGCUUGACCUGUACACGUCACAUCCGCGCCCUCGAGGCGGCAGGCACUUUUGCGGGGGGCCGCAUACCCGUGCUCAUGAUCACUGGCAACGCGCGGCCCGAGCAGAUUGCGGACGCACGUGCGGCCGGCUGCGACGAUGUCGUGGUGAAGCCGUUCCAGAUGCACCUGCUGUUUGAGCACAUCAAGCUGGUGAUGCGGACUCUGUGGGAGGCAGAUGUCCGGGCCCUGCAAACUGCCGCCAGAAAGGCGGACGAUGACACCGAUACCCACGACCGUCAGGGGAGCAUGCCAACAUCUCGUGCUGCGCCAUCGACCGCCGCUCUCAAGAAGCUUACAAAAAAGGACAACAUCGAGCAGCUGGAUGAAGGCGUCGUUCUACGUCGCCAGAAUAGUAACCAGCGUUGA